ACCAGCUGAGACAUGGAAUAUUUGAGGCUUACUCCGGUAUACUGCAUGGUAUGAAGGAAAAGCUCAGCUGAUGCUACCUUAUGCAAGCCAUCUAUUUCAGUUCACAGAAGCUGUCUACAAAGACCCAAGCAGGUGCUCAUCCAGUGCAACACUGUCAAGAUGUGUUUUCUUUGUGAGAAAUUUAAAGUGCGAUGCUCUAACUGAAUCCUUGGCGGUGUUAUGAUUUCAACAUCGUUCAAAAUUAUGCUGCGCCAUCAGUAUUAAGUAAAGAUGGGGCAUAACUAGUGUGAGAUCUGGGCCAUUGGAUGUACUUCAUGUGGUGCAGAUUGGUUGAGGCGUGGUUCCAGCCACUUUGUAGGUGAUAUUAGAACGUUCUGUUCAAUAUGUCAAGAGAGACACGGUUAGUAGCAAGUAUAAUCUGUUUCCACAGACAACUUGUAUUCCACCUUGUACUGCUGGUGUUUUUGUUUGAGUUGAUUCUCCAAUUUUGGAGCUUGCCAUCAGGAAAGCAGAGAAAGAAGGCAAUUGGAUUUUAAUCUUUUGUUGAUAUGGUAGCAAAAGCUUGGCCAGAGCUUGUGCCGGAUGUUCAUCAUCAACGCCAGUUAGGGGUUCAGGCUCCUGUCGAACUCAUGUCAUCAGCCAUACGGACCUGCAUGUAUUUGAUAGUUUGCUCAAUCAGAUUUAUGCCUUCAACCACAGCUAAGGCUACCACACUACUUCAUUGAGAUUUCUUUACUACAGGACAUGGAUUAAUAAUAUCCAACAAUACAGUCAUGCUUUCUUAUAUUUACUUUCAGUUCUAAAUACAUUUGUGAUUUUCUAUAUGCUGUCUUACUAAACUGUGUGUGCUAAACCAACCAUAUGGUAUAUAGAAAGGAUUCUACAAUGUUAGCUUAUAUUGCAAACUCUUGAAAAUAUGCGGUCAUUUUACUGUUUUUGCCGUGAACUUGGGGAGCUUGGGACAGAGUAUGGUGUCAAUAAUCAGUAUAUACCAGAACAAUAUUUUUGUGAUAUUGUAUAUACUGACUUAGUGAUAGUGGAGUAUUUACCACAUUUUUUCCAUGGACUUUAUACUGCAUUUUUGAAGGGGAGCCUUGGCGCAGUGGUAAAGCUGCUGCCUUGUGACCAUGAGGUCAUGGGUUCAAGUCCUGGAAACAGCCUCUUACAGAAAUGUAGGGAAAGGCUGCGUACUAUAGACCCAAAGUGGUCGGACCCUUCCCUGGACCCUGCGCAAGCGGGAGCUACAUGCACCAGGUUGCCCUAAGUUGAUAUGGUAGCAAAACUGACGACAACAUUGUUCUUCUAAAUGGAGGAGGAAACUAGCGCCACCUCAUCCUCGACACACUUGACAUGCCCAACCAAUGUGCAUAGUGUACCAACCAUCUCAGGUGAAUUGUUGGCAUCGAGAGUGCUAAUCUCUCUGGUUCUUCAUGACAAUAUGUUAUCUUCACAUCUGUCAGAAUAAAAUAAAAUGGAAGGGUGAUGGUAACUGUUAUGAAGUGAAGCCUGGAUUUAUCUCCAUUUUGCGCGUUGACCUGUCGAAGCACACGAGUAAUUGUGCUAGAUGGAGGAUUAUCUGCAAUUUCUCCAUGAUGCAUUUCAAAGGGAUUUGCUACUAAAACUUAUAAAUGAUCUGGUUGAAGGAAAAUGAAUAUGGGCGACGUCGGCUGCUAACUGGAUCAAUGAAAACCCAGAGAAUUAGAAAAUGGAAAUGGAUUGCUGUGCUUCUUCCGUCAGUCGAAGCACGGAUGGUUGACUCCGUGGCCAGUGGCUACUAGUACAUCUACAAGUACUCAUCCAACUGACACUAGCGCUGCGUUGAGCUGUCUCCCGCCCCGGCCUGGUAGAAUCGCCUCUUGGUCAAACUCGAGCUCUGCACGCCGUUGAAUAUGCCAGGAGGGGGAGGAGCUCUGGCGGUGGGCGCCGGCGUCAGCGCCGGCGUGGCCUCCGGCUACAGCAGCGAGAUCACGUUCACGGUGGUGAUGAGCUGCCUCAUGGCGGCCUCCGGCGGGCUCAUUUUCGGCUACGACAUCAGUAUUACAGGCGGGUUGACGCAGAUGCGGUCGUUCCUGGAGGCCUUCUUCCCGGAGAUCAUCAAGAAGGUGGAUAGCGCGCAGCAGGACGCCUACUGCAUCUUCGACAGCCAGGUGCUCACCACCUUCGUCUCCUCGCUCUACCUCGCCGGCGUCUUCGCCUGCCUGGUCGCCGGCCACGUCACGAGGAAGGUGGGCCGGAGGAACUCCAUGCUCAUCGGCGCCUCGUUCUUCUUGGUCGGCGCCAUCCUCAACUGCGCCGCUGUCAACAUCUACAUGCUCGUCAUCGGCCGCAUCUUCCUCGGUUUUGCUGUUGGCUUCACCAACCAGUCCGCACCUGUGUACUUGGCGGAGAUCGCGCCGGCGCGGUGGCGCGGGGCGUUCACGAGCAUCUUCCACUUCUUCCUCAACGUGGGUAUGUUCGUGGCCGACCUGGUCAACUACCGCGCCAACACAAUCCCAGGGUGGGGUUGGCGCCUCUCCCUCGGCGUUGGCAUCAUCCCGGCCGUCGUCAUCCUCGUCGGCGCCGUCUUCAUCCCGGACUCGCCCAACAGCCUCGUGUUGCGCGGGAAAGUCGACGAGGCCCGCCACUCACUGCGUCGGAUCCGCGGGCCGGCCGCUGACGUCGACGUCGAGCUCAAGGACAUCAUGCGUGCCGCGGAGGAGGGCGGCCGACACAAGUCCGGCGCAUUCCGACGGAUCCUGAUGCGCGAGUACCGGCCCCACCUGGUCAUGGCGAUCUUCAUCCCGCUCUUCUUCGAGCUGACGGGUAUGAUCGUGGUCACGCUCUUCGCGCCGCUCCUCUUCUUCACCAUCGGGUUCACGAGCCAGAAGGCCAUUCUCGGCUCCAUCAUCACCGACGUCGUCAGCCUGGCGUCCAUCUCCGUGGCCGCGCUCUCCGUCGACCGCUUCGGACGCCGCUUCCUCUUCAAGCUGGGCGGUGGCAUCCUGCUCGUGUGCCUAGUGGGGAUGACGUGGAUCUUCGGCGCAGAGCUGGGCAGCAACGGCGGGAAGGCGAUGCCGAGGCCCUACGCGGUGGCCGUGGUGGCGCUGGUGUGCCUCUUCGUGGCCGGGUUCGGCAUCUCCUGGGGGCCGCUCAAGUGGAUCAUCCCCAGUGAGAUCUUCCCGCUCGAGGUGAGGGCCGCGGGGCAGAGCAUGAGUGAGUCCAUCUCGCUCACGCUCACCUUCGUGCAGACGCAGUCCUUCCUCGCCAUGCUAUGCAGCUUCAAGUAUGGCUCCUUCGCCUACAAUGCCGCUUGGGUCGUCGUCAUGACGGCAUUCAUCAUCGCCUUCCUUCCAGAGACCAAGGGCGUGCCCAUAGAGGCCAUGGGUGCGGUCUGGUCACGCCAUUGGUACUGGAAACGCUUCGUCAAACCGGCACCGGAGCCCACGCCCGCACCAGACAAACUGGCUGACGGGUCGCUUGAAAUGUAAGAGGCUCCGACGUGAUUGUAGGAGGUUUGACUUGUCCUGUUGUAAUAUACCGCAACAACACCAGCUCUGGUUACUGUACUUCCACUAGAAGUAGUGCCUAUAUUUUUUCAGAAAAAAUGUAGUGUCAGUUGUCAAAGGUUGAUGGCCCUUCAUUUUCGCGUGGUCUAUUUUCAAAAAGAAAUUUAUGGUAGGAGCUGUCAAGCAAAGGUGUACUUAUCUCCCUAAAAAAGGUGUACUUAUCAUAGUUUGUAGUUUAGUGACAGUGUUGGUGUGCUACAACAUUUGAACAUGUUAUAUAUAAGUGUUUUUAUUACUGUUUUCGCUUGUGC